AUGGAAACACUCAAAGCAGCCGCGCACAACCACCUUCCCCCGCUCUCCGCGGCUCCCUCCCCCCGCCAACUCCUUUCCCUCUACAGCACCUUCAUCCUCAAGAACCAGUCCUCAGUGACGCAGAUCGAGUCCGCCCUGCGGUCUCUCACAUACAUCAUCCCGGGACGCUUCCGCGACGCCGAGCUCGCUUCCGAGUCUCUACACUCCUCCAUCCAGCUCCUCUCGCUCUACCAUGACGCUCUGCUCAUGCGCGCCGCCACAAACACGCAUGUAAACACAAAGCCACUUUCCGCUGGCGACAGCGGCAGCAGCAGCAGCAGCAGAACUAUAACGCAGCCGCAGAGCCCGCACGCCCGCUACACCAAGUUCUGGGUCGGCAGCUCGCGCUUCUACCGGCGAGUCGCCACGGUCCUUGCCGUGGUGCAGUACACGCAGCUGCUCUGCGAAAUGGCGGCGAAGCGCAAAGGGGAGCGGGCACGGUGGCGCGUGGUUGUGUUGCUGGAGUUAUUCAAGGCCGCGUGCCGACUUUGUUUGCUGCGGAUAACGAACUCGCGACCGCUGGUCACACCGCCGUUGCCGGAGAGGGAGGUUAUUGUUCCCGAGGCGGAAGAGAAGGAGGUUGACGGUGCUGCGGCGGCGGAGGCAGAGGCGACGUUUGAGGACGAGGGACUCGGGAGGCGCCCGAGUCCGGUGCGGGAAAAGAAGGAGUAUAGGAUGAAGAGGACGGGGCUGAGUUUACCUGUUCUGCCGAAUCCCGGGGACAUCUCGAGUUAUCUGCUCUCGAAGGUUCUGACAGCCGACGAUAUCAAGGCGCCGAGCGCGCUACUGAAUAAGACUGUUGGUUCAGCGCAGCUGGCCGAGUGGCUGCAUAUCCUGCAGCCGGUUGUGUACGCGGUUGCGAUGUCGAGGAGCAAAAACAAGACGAACUGGCAGCCAUGGCUGCUGGGUCUAAGCAUCGAGUACGCGGCGAGGCAGCUGCGGAAGGAUGGUUUGAGGACGACGGCACUGGAACGGGAGCAGUGGGGUAAGAGGGGAUGGGCUAUGGGCUGGUGGGCCAUGCGAGGCGCGUUCUAUGAGAAUGUCACCAAGGGCUUCUUGCACGGUGCCAGUGAGAAGCUGCCGAGUCUGGUCAGUGGAGUGUUGGACGACUAUCUGUACUUGUGGGAUGGGUACUAUUUUAGUACUAGUUCAGAGUAA